AUGACGUAUAAACCUUCAGUAAGAUUGUUUAUAGGAGCACCAGGCAAAGAGGCUCAUCUUGGUAUAUUACAAGAAUACUACGGGAAAAUAAAAUCUGGGACUCUCAGCUGGAGAAUUAUAAACGAUCUCAUUGAUGGAAUGUUUUCCAAUGAUUAUGGAGGUGACGUUCUCGGCCGAAAGAAACUCGAGUUUUAUGGAAAUGAUGGUGUUUGCCUCUUCAAAUUUUUUGUUAAACCUAAUGACCCACAAAGAUUUUAUACUUGGACAAUCCUGGCGAUGAACAUGCUCUGUUUUAUUAUCAUCUCAAUAUCUUACAUAUACAUCAACAUUACAGCUAAUGCAGCCAGCCAGAAAAUCGGAAACAAGAACAGAAAACUACAACAAAAAAUAUCACUGAUCAUUGCGACAGAUUUCUUCUGUUGGUUACCUAUUGUCAUCGCAUGCUGCCUUCAUUCCAGUGAAGUUAUCGACGCAACACCCUGGUACCCAAUCAUUUCAAUAAUAUUUCUACCAAUAAACUCGGUUAUCAACCCUUUACUGUACAACGAUUUUGUUGCGAAUUCUGCAAGUUCACUGUUUAAGUGGUUGGAAACAACUCUGAAACCAAAGUGUGCUCAAGAAGUGCCUGCUGAUCCGGGUGAUGGUAUUGGUCACCCUACCACAGGGAUACACGUAAAAACACUCACCAGGAAAUUGGAAAACAAUGUGCAGAAUGUGGUAAAUAACGUUGGUAAGAAAACUGAUAACCCAGUUCAAAAUGACAUCGAACAAGACCCAGUUCAAAAUAUGCGAGAUAACGUUGAACAAGGCAAGAAAACCGAUAGCCCAUAUCAAAAUGACAUUGAACAAGGUAGAAAAACUGAUAAACCAGUUCAAAAUGUGCAAAUUCACAUUGAACGAGGCCAGAAAACUGAUAACCCAGAUCAAGAUGUGCAAGAUGACAUUGGACAAGGCAAGAAAACAGGUAACCCAGAUCAAGAUGACAUUGGACAAGGCAAGAAAACAGGUAACCCAGAUCAAGAGGACAUUGGACAAGGCAAGAAAACAGAAAACCCAGAUCAAGAGGACAUUGGACAAGGCAAGAGAACAGAUAACCCAGGUCAAGAUGACAUUGGACAAGGCAAGAAAACAGGUAACCCAGAUCAAGAUGACAUUGGACAAGGCAAGAAAACAGCAAGAGAACAGAUAACUCAGAUCAAGAUGAUAUUGGACAAGGCAAGAAAACAGAAAACCCAGAUCAAGAGGACAUUGGACAAGGCAAGAGAACAGAUAACCCAGGUCAAGAUGACAUUGGACAAGGCAAGAAAACAGAUAACCCAGGUCAAGAUGACAUUGGACAAGGCAAGAAAACAGAUAACCCAGAUCAAGAUGACAUUGGACAAGGCAAGAAAACAGGUAACCCAGAUCAAGAUGACAUUGGACAAGGCAAGAAAACAGAUAACCCAGAUCAAGCUGUGCAAGAUGAUAUUGGACACGGCAAGAAAACAGGUAACCCAGGUCAAGAUGACAUUGGACAAGGCAAGAAAACAGGUAACCCAGAUCAAGAUGACAUUGGACAAGGCAAGAAAACAGGUAACCCAGAUCAAGAUGACAUUGGACAAGGCAAGAAAACAGGUAACCCAGAUCAAGAUGACAUUGGACAAGGCAAGAAAACAGGUAACCCAGAUCAAGAUGACAUUGGACAAGGCAAGAAAACAGGUAACUCAGAUCAAGCUGUGCAAGAUGAUAUUGGACACGGCAAGAAAACAGGUAACUCAGAUCAAGCUGUGCAAGAUGAUAUUGGGCACGGCAAGAAAACAGGUAACCCAGAUCAAGAUGAUAUUGGACAAGGCAAGAAAACAGAUAACCCAGAUCAAGAUGACAUUGGACAAGGCAAGAAAACAGAUAACCCAGGUCAAGAUGACAUUGGACAAGGCAAGAAAACAGAUAACCCAGAUCAAGAUGACAUUGGACAAGGCAAGAAAACAGGUAACCCAGAUCAAGAUGACAUUGGACAAGGCAAGAAAACAGAUAACCCAGAUCAAGCUGUGCAAGAUGAUAUUGGACACGGCAAGAAAACAGGUAACCCAGGUCAAGAUGACAUUGGACAAGGCAAGAAAACAGAAAACAGGUAACCCAGAUCAAGAUGACAUUGGACAAGGCAAGAAAACAGGUAACCCAGAUCAAGAUGACAUUGGACAAGGCAAGAAAACAGGUAACCCAGAUCAAGAUGACAUUGGACAAGGCAAGAAAACAGGUAACUCAGAUCAAGCUGUGCAAGAUGAUAUUGGACACGGCAAGAAAACAGGUAACUCAGAUCAAGCUGUGCAAGAUGAUAUUGGGCACGGCAAGAAAACAGGUAACCCAGAUCAAGAUGAUAUUGGACAAGGCAAGAAAACAGGUAACCCAGAUCAAGAUGACAUUGGACAAGGCAAGAAAACAGAUAACCCAGAUCAAGAUGACAUUGGACAAGGCAAGAAAACAGGUAACCCAGAUCAAGAUGACAUUGGACAAGGCAAGAAAACAGAUAACCCAGAUCAAGCUGUGCAAGAUGAUAUUGGACACGGCAAGAAAACAGGUAACCCAGGUCAAGAUGACAUUGGACAAGGCAAGAAAACAGGUAACCCAGAUCAAGAUGACAUUGGACAAGGCAAGAAAACAGGUAACCCAGAUCAAGAUGACAUUGGACAAGGCAAGAAAACAGGUAACCCAGAUCAAGAUGACAUUGGACAAGGCAAGAAAACAGGUAACCCAGAUCAAGAUGACAUUGGACAAGGCAAGAAAACAGGUAACCCAGAUCAAGAUGACAUUGGACAAGGCAAGAAAACAGAUAACCCAGAUCAAGAUGACAUUGGACAAGGCAAGAAAACAGAUAACCCAGAUCAAGAUGACAUUGGACACGGCAAGAAAACAGGUAACCCAGAUCAAGAUGACAUUGGACAAGACAAGAAAACAGAUAACCCAGAUCAAGAUGACAUUGGACAAGGCAAGAAAACAGAUAACCCAGAUCAAGCUGUGCAAGAUGAUAUUGGACACGGCAAGAAAACAGGUAACCCAGAUCAAGAUGACAUUGGACAAGGCAAGAAAACAGGUAACCCAGAUCAAGAUGACAUUGGACAAGGCAAGAAAACAGGUAACCCAGAUCAAGAUGACAUUGGACAAGACAAGAAAACAGAUAACCCAGAUCAAGAUGACAUUGGACAAGGCAAGAAAACAGAUAACCCAGAUCAAGAUGACAUUGGACAAGGCAAGAAAACAGAUAACCCAGAUCAAGAUGACAUUGGACAAGGCAAGAAAACAGAUAACCCAGAUCAAGAUGACAUUGGACACGGCAAGAAAACAGGUAACCCAGAUCAAGAUGACAUUGGACAAGACAAGAAAACAGAUAACCCAGAUCAAGAUGACAUUGGACAAGGCAAGAAAACAGAUAACCCAGAUCAAGAUGACAUUGGACAAGGCAAGAAAACAGAUAACCCAGAUCAAGAUGACAUUGGACAAGGCAAGAAAACAGAUAACCCAGAUCAAGAUGACAUUGGACAAGGCAAGAAAACAAAUAACCCAGAUCAAGAUGACAUUGGACAAGGCAAGAAAACAGGUAACCCAGAUCAAGAUGACAUUGGACAAGGCAAGAAAACAGAUAACCCAGAUCAAGCUGUGCAAGAUGAUAUUGGACACGGCAAGAAAACAGGUAACCCAGGUCAAGAUGACAUUGGACAAGGCAAGAAAACAGGUAACCCAGAUCAAGAUGACAUUGGACAAGGCAAGAAAACAGGUAACCCAGAUCAAGAUGAUAUUGGGCACGGCAAGAAAACAGGUAACCCAGAUCAAGAUGACAUUGGACAAGACAAGAAAACAGAUAACCCAGAUCAAGAUGACAUUGGACAAGGCAAGAAAACAGAUAACCCAGAUCAAGAUGACAUUGGACAAGGCAAGAAAACAGGUAACCCAGAUCAAGAUGACAUUGGACAAGGCAAGAAAACAGAUAACCCAGAUCAAGCUGUGCAAGAUGAUAUUGGACACGGCAAGAAAACAGGUAACCCAGGUCAAGAUGACAUUGGACAAGGCAAGAAAACAGGUAACCCAGAUCAAGAUGACAUUGGACAAGGCAAGAAAACAGGUAACCCAGAUCAAGAUGACAUUGGACAAGGCAAGAAAACAGGUAACCCAGAUCAAGAUGACAUUGGACAAGGCAAGAAAACAGGUAACCCAGAUCAAGAUGACAUUGGACAAGGCAAGAAAACAGGUAACUCAGAUCAAGCUGUGCAAGAUGAUAUUGGACACGGCAAGAAAACAGGUAACUCAGAUCAAGCUGUGCAAGAUGAUAUUGGGCACGGCAAGAAAACAGGUAACCCAGAUCAAGAUGAUAUUGGACAAGGCAAGAAAACAGGUAACCCAGAUCAAGAUGACAUUGGACAAGGCAAGAGAACAGGUAACCCAGAUCAAGAUGACAUUGGACAAGGCAAGAGAAAAGAUAACCCAGAUCAAGAUGACAUUGGACAAGGCAAGAAAACAGGUAACCCAGAUAAAGAUGACAUUGGACAAGGCAAGAAAACAGAUAACCCAGAUCAAGAUGACAUUGGACAAGGCAAGAAAACAGAUAACCCAGAUCAAGAUGACAUUGGACAAGGCAAGAAAACAGGUAACCCAGAUAAAGAUGACAUUGGACAAGGCAAGAAAACAGAUAACCCAGAUCAAGAUGACAUUGGACAAGGCAAGAAAACAGAUAACCCAGGUCAAGAUGACAUUGGACAAGGCAAGAAAACAGAUAACCCAGAUCAAGAUGACAUUGGGCAAGGCAAGAAAACAGAUAACUCAGAUCAAGAUGACAUUGGACAAGGCAAGAAAACAGAUAACCCAGAUCAAGAGGACAUUGGACAAGGCAAGAAAACAGAUAACCCAGAUCAAGAUGACAUUGGACAAGGCAAGAAAACAGAUAACCCAGAUCAAGAGGACAUUGGACAAGGCAAGAGAACAGAUAACCCAGAUCAAGAUGACAUUGGACAAGGCAAGAGAACAGAUAACUCAGAUCAAGAGGACAUUGGACAAGGCAAGAAAACAGGUAACCCAGAUCAAGAUGACAUUGGACACGGCAAGAGAACAGAUAACUCAGAUCACGAGGACAUUGGACAAGGCAAGAAAACAGAUAACCCAGAUGAAGAUGACAUUGGACAAGGCAAGAAAACAGAUAACCCAGAUCAAGAUGACAUUGGACAAGGCAAGAAAAAGGUAACCCAGAUCAAGAUGAUAUUGGACAAGGCAAGAAAACAGGUAACCCCUAAGCAUCCAGGCCUCCGAGAUCCGAACUGCAAAGCUAUUGCUAAGUCAUAA